GGUGCACAGCUUAUGAGAGCUUAAUUGUAGUCGACCUUGUCUGCAAGCGACGCGAAAAUUUACUGGUCUCCAUGCUGAUUGUCGAUUUACAGACGAGAACAAUGAUUAAUCCAGCGCAGAGCGGUCAGGGCAGGAUUUUUGUUGAAAGCGUCAGAGUUACAGGAGAACAAGGCGAUGCAACAGACAAGCAAUAUGUGUUCCCAAGACAGUGCUUGGUACUGGGCGACUCUGAAGUUGGUAAAACCAGUCUAGUAAAGUCGCUCACUGGAAAACCAUUUGAUCCUAAGCAGCAAAAAACCCGAGGAAUUGAUGAGCUUCUUGUGGAUAAUGAGUGGAAAAACUGCAACUUAACGGAUCUUGUCUUCGGAGACCUUUGGAAGUUCCUUAAAAGCGGCCACGUAGCAUUAUUUUUAGGCACAAGUGGAACAGCAACUUUUUGUGAAGAGGUCUUUAAUAUUUCCUCGAAAUCCUGGGGGUCCUUUAUCCCGUAUUUUAUCGGGAUAAUGCUAUCCGUUUCAGUGCUCGUAGGAAUAAUAUUUAAUUUUCAGUUUCUGUCAAGAAUGGUUUCGCGUUCGUUCAAUGCCUAACAUAACGGGAGGCCUAUCUAACAAUUUUAUGUUACUAGCACUAAUGGCCACUGGAAAAAUUGACACGGCCAUGUUAAAAGGUGCCCUGAACGAAAAGUUUCCCUCACUCAAACUGCAGAUCCUUGAUUUUGCUGGAGAUAAAGAAUACUAUGCCUAUCAUCAUAUGUUUCUCAAGAGCCAGGCUAUUUAUAUCAUUGUAUUCAACAUAGCUAAGCAUGUACACAAUAACUUUAGGAAUAUAAAUGGAGCCAUCCAAAGAGUUCAGUUCUGGUUGGAAUCUGUCUGUAGCCAUGUACCAUCGAAAACACCAAUCUUCCUUGUUGGAACACACAGAGGAGACUUGAACAAAAACUGCAUGCACAUCUUAAAUGGUCAUUUAAGGAAACAUCUUUGGGACCGCUACUGUGAUGAGCUGGUUAUCAAUGAUGUUGAUAAGUUGAUAUUUUUUCCCGUUGAAAACUCCAAAGGAGAAAAUGAUGUUGGAGUCCAGAGCCUUCGAAUGAAAGUCAUGUCUGUUGCCGAAGAAAGAGAGGAAGUUAGAGAUUGUGACAUACCUUUAUCAUGGAUUGCAAUCAAAGAUCUAAUUAUCAAUCAAAGGGAAAAGGAGAAAGCCAAGUUCUGUGUGACACUUAAAGAAUUUCCCUACUCAUUUGACAACUUCAUUUGCACUGACUGGUCUGAAGAAACCUUAAAGUACUUCCACGAAAAAGGCCUGCUAAUAUAUCUUGACAAAGAUCCGGAGCUUUCCAAAUGGGUGCUUCUUAAGCCUGAAAUACUGGUUAAUAUCAUCAUCCAGCUUGUCACACCACCACCGCAAAUGAAAGAGGAAAGAGGCUUCAGACGUGACUGGAAACUUCUGCAUCGCAAAGGAUUGCUGACUAAAUCACUGCUGACCAGAAUAAUCUCAACAGUACAAGAAAACGAAGAAGCCUUGACAGCAUUCCUUGAAGAAUACGAUUUGAUCUGCCCCUUGUCAAACAAGGAGGUGAACAUUUAUGGACGCUCUAGACAAGACCAGAAAAUUCUGGCCCCAGAAAAUCCUGGUGCGCAUGCGUUCAAGUUCACUUACGGCGAGAGAGUAACCGCUGUAGCUAAUGCUGGCUCACCUUCGCAUUCUCAGUCCCAGAGUUCUCGAUUUCUUCAUGCAAACCAAAAGGAUCGGUGGCCUCUGACAACGAGAUUGGAUCGGAAGAAGAUCGAUUAA